AGAAUGGAUACCUACAAAUUUGUGUUGAUGAUUCUAAUAUUUGGUUUUAUUUACUUUUUUACAGUAACAGACGGUUACGAGACGUGUUACUCAGAUAGUCAGUGUCCAUAUUUAAGCCACCAUUGCUGCACUCGUACAUUGUACUGCUGUCCAAGGAAUACUGUUUGCACAGGCACCAUCAAAAAACCGGCAUGUCAUGGUAGUUUAUGGACAAUAGUUGGUUCUGCCGUCGGUGGAGUGGUCUUUUUUAUGAGCUGUAUCGUAUGCUGUUUGUGUAGCAAUUGCCGAAGGCGCCAGAUGCCGCCUCCAGCAGUUGUUUACAGACAACAACAGCAAGUACUUGCAAUCGGACAACAAACAUAUGGACAACCUCAAGAUUAUGGACAACCUCAGGCUUACGGACAACCUCCAGCUUACGGGCAAAUUUACAGACAGCCUCCAGCUUACGUGCAAAUUUACGGACAACCUCAGACAGAUGGACAAGGUUGCAGUACACCGGGUGCAUUGCCAUAAGAUACGACAGAUAACAAAGUAAAGUUGUAGGCGAUGGAAGAAAAAAAUGAUAUUGUCAUCUAUAUUGUCCCUGUAAUUGUGAUACGUAUCAGUGAAGUUGUACACGAACAAAUAAAUACAUUCCUUCCCAUCAAACAGCG